CUCAAUAAUAAUAAUAACAGCAGCUGUAAUAUUUGGAGCGGGCAAAAAAAGGUUGGGUUAUAUUAUUAUUUUCCCCUCUUCCUCUCUUUUGUAAACUCGUACCUUAUUUUUUUUCUGGCCUCACGCUCUUUCUAUACAACCCCACUCAUUCACCAGAACCCUGCACAUUCCUUUUCGAUCUUGAAUCCCUCUACGAAUCGACAUCCAUCCCACCCAGCAUGGCACCAACAUGUUGCGCAAGACUGAGCAAGUGGUACAUGAUCACCACGAAUUUGCUCUUUGCGUGUCUCGGUAUCGCUUAUAUUGCUUUUGGCGUGAUCGGCAAUAAGGAUGGUUUCAAAGGCGCCUCAUUGUUUCCAGAAUCAAUCUUUAAACAGGUCGCCAUUCUCGGAGCCAUCGUCAUCUUCGCCUCCAUUCUCGGCAUGGUCGGUACCUUUGUGAAACGCAAAUGGAUUCUUCUCAUCUACAUGCUUAUUGUUGUCGUUGCAUUGGUCUACCAAGUUGUCAUUGGCAUCAAGAUCUAUCAAAAGGGUGCCGAUUCACCAGGCUACGUUGCACCUCUUUGGUCGCAAGCCAAAGAGAGCUACAGAGCCAGUCUACAAAACGAUUUUUCUUGUUGCGGUUUCAACAAUGCGAUGGAUCAACCUGCAGUCACCGACACAUGCAAUCCCCAAUCAGGCACCAUUUCACCCGAUCCACCGUGCUAUGAUACCCUUACUGAGUACGUGGACAUGGCAUUUAUGCGAUUCUAUGUUGUUCUGUUUGCUGCCCUGGCUGUAGAAAUACUGGCAUUGACGAAUGCCAUCACGGUCAUGUGCACACGGUCAAUCUACGGUGCCGAAGAAGACGAGGACGAACGUCGUCGUCGCAGAAAGUCGGGCAUCCGGUUAGACGACAUCUCGCCUGAUACACCAACGACAGCUGGCUCACACAACAACUAUAGCGCUGAUGCUAAUAACUAUUACGGUGCUUAUAAAGAAAGCAAUGCCUAUUCUCAGCAUGAUAGCUACGAUGCGUAUAAUAGGCAGAAUACGUAUCAGGCACAGGGCAGAUAUUACUAGCUUAUUAAUUUUCUCCCUUCCAACUCCUCACCUACCUUCUUUCAUCCACAUCUGUCUCUUCCAUCGUCUCUUUUUAUAUUAUUCUUUGUCAUAUCACCUUCUCUCCUACCGCCCCCCCUCCAACCGCCACCAUGAAAACAGCAUCUCCUCUCCGUCAUAUUAUAUAGUAUCUACUUUGUAACUUUCUUUUUCUUCCUAUCUCCCAAUCCAUCCAUGAUUUCGCAAAAUGUACUAGUGAUUUUGAUUUCGGCAAGUGUUUACCCGAACUAAAGUGAACCAAUCCUAUUGGACCUGUGUUACUGUAUGGAUUCGCACUCUCACAUUUGCUUUUUCACCCCCUAAUCCCCAAUUUAUUCGUCUACUUUUGGUUACCACU